AUGAGGGACGAUGUCGUGACCAGCGACACGUGGGACGAGGCAGACAUCUGGGCCCUCGCCACCACUGCCAUGAAGGCCGUGUUCAACCAACAGAAAUUUCUGCUCAUCGACGCCCAGGAGGUACACGCAACACUGGGCAGCCACACAACUCGUGCAGCAUCCGAAAGCACGAUGUGUAUGGAUUUCUUGAAAGGCGUGACAGCCUGACAAGCUGAUGGCGUGGCAGCGGGAGCAAGAGGGGUGGGCGUCUGUGGUGAGUUGAGCUGGGGAUAGUGUGUGAGGAGACAGGAGGAUUCCUUCGGUCAUGUCUCUGUAUGUGUCUCUAAGCAGGCUCAUCCGAUCGCUGUCUACAUUUGAUAUUGGUGGACAUAUCAUAGCCUUUCAACGCCCUCAACCACACGGCCUGCGUGACUACCGCCCGCGCCCAGUCUACUCAGGUCGAGUGAAGGAACAGGGGAGAUGAAAUGGGGAGGCUGUUGUGGUUUGUUCACCUUCCUCUCCUCUAUGUCACGUGUGCAGGUAUGGUCGCACCCCCAUCGACCUGUAAGUACCCAGACAACCACCAGAGGCAGCAACAGAGGGCAUCUGUUCGUGUGUUGAUGUCUUCAGGAUCGUCGACGUCGCUCGUCGGUGUCGCCUCUCCCCCGAAAGCGCCGUCCCGCCGCCCUCGUGUGCCAACGAGGGUGAGCUGGUGCGUGUGAGUGAGAUGUACGGCGUCCUCGAGGCCAUGUACCCCAACAUCCUCGCCAAAGACGUCAUGCAGUCCUCAUCAUGACCGGCAAGAAACAACCUAAGAUGACAUGCCUCUUCAAGUGAGAACAGACAAACGAAGGGCAUCACGCCAUUCUCUAUGCGUAUGUGUGUGUCAGGAGUUCGCUGCACGGUUCGUCGUAUGCCAGUCUGGUGCAGCGUGUGGUGGGGCGGCGCGGCCUCCUGUUCGUCAUCAAGUGCGACAACACCGGCAAGGUGGCCAUCGCUGGCGGUCGCGUGUGGCUGGGGUAUGGCAAGGACGGCCCGACUGACGACCUUCUCACUGUCGUCAGUGGGUGUUGAAGAAGGAGCUGCCGGCCAGCAGGAAAUUUGUGGGCAAGACCAUCAGCAGCAAGGCCGCGAGCCUCUGUGGGGCUGAGACCCACAACUUCACCGCCCAGCGUGUGGAGGUCUUCCAGGUAAGUCAGCCAGGCAUCAACCAGAGGCACACAAAUGGCUGUAGACAUCAUGAGAUUCUUCUUCUGGCUGUGUGCAGGUGUGGAGUGGGCUGCCGGUCGACCCCAUCGUGUCUUAG